UCUUCCUGAACCCCAGCCAAUGAGAAGUCAGUUUGUUGAGCGGGCGCUAAAUCUGUUGUCUGUGUAUAUCCGUGUAUAUCUCGUACUCCAGUGAACCAAGUGGACAUAUAGGUCGUUAAGACUUAAGACCUUGUCUAAAAUUGAUGCCUUUUGCCAAGAGACGAGUCCAUGCCAGCGCGAGACGACGGAGAUGCUGAAAUAACUGUUCACCACUUUGUGAACUGAGCUCAAGACUGUUAGCCAGCUAACACUGGCUCCAGCAUCUAUUUCAUCAUGACAACUCUCCCGCAAAAUAACUUGAAGGAACAGCUGGCGAAGCACAGCAAUGCUGCUCAGAGCAAACUGUCUCUGGCUAAACCCAAAACAGGUGCCUUUUCUUUCAAAAAGAAGACUCCAUCAGGCACCACCAAAGUUGAAAUCCCAACCAAGGUAAUCAGUACUAAUACUUUGGCAAAUGGGAAUGUCAAUAUCCCUAAGAACAGUUUGGUGACUAAAUCUACUUUGACAUUCCCAAACAAGCUUGAUGGACCUCAAAAAUCCAAAAUCAACAGCUUCUUCAAUGUAAGCUCAAAAGACAAGUCAGACUCCGUCAGUUCAGCUGGAGACUGUACCCCUACAGGCCGGGCUCCUUCAGCAAUGUCUGCUGUUAAAGCGACUACAUCUCUAACUAAAUCUGACAGCCAGUGUACGAGUGGCAAACGAAGCAAUUCCUCAAGUGUGGAUGCACCUCUUGAAAUUCCAUUGGAGGACUGGGAUGAUUUUGAUGAUUUCGAAACCCCCUCCAAAACAAAAAAUGACUCAUUCAGUUCAGGUGUAUCAGGGAAGCGCAGCAAUGCGUUGUCAUCUCCUAGUGAAGACAGACAACAAUUCACAGGGAAUCUGGACAAUUGUGCAAGCAAGAACAGUCUUUCUAGAAGUGAAAAAUCUGGUUGGGAAAUGGAUGAACUGGAGCACAGCAUCAACGUUGCUGCACACUCACCAGGACCUGAUUUAGACCCAGAUGAGCUUAUAUUUGAGGAUUCUCCCGUUAGAGCCACCAGAAGACGUCCUCCUUCUCAUUUGCAGUCUGUUAUAAGUGAUAGUGAAGAGGACAACGAUGUGCAGAAGUCUUUUAAAGGAAAUACAGACAUCAAGAAAAAAAUGAUUGACCCAAAGGUAAUAGAGCUUGGAGACAACUCAGAACCGGAAGAUGAACUUGAUUACAUUCCUCCAUCUCCAGUCUCUGAUGAGAUUUCCUACACUUCUUCUGCACUGGACAAAAGAUCUAAACCAGCUGAUGCUCAAAGCAGAGACAGUCCUAAGAAAUCAAAGAGACCCAUGACAACAAAUGAAGAGCGCUCCAUUCACCAACCAAAAGAAAAAACAAAUGAUCAACUCUUCAGUAUCAUGGAGUCCAUUUGUGCUUUGGUUGAUUUAGUCCCUGAGCAUGAACUGAUAGCUCUGUCUUGCGGAGAUGAGCUUCUGCUGAAAAGGGCUCAAAGAAAGAGGAUCCUUGCAACUGGCGGUGUCAGUUUAUUGAGGAUGCAGCAGCCCGACAGCACUGUGAUCUCUGAACCCCACUUAAAAGAGAAAUCUUUUAGUUGUGAUACGUCUGAUGUUAUGUCAUCCAGCAGCUCUGUACCUGUGGACUCAAAGAAGCCUUCACUUAUCAGGAGGUCCUCUGUUAUUUCUGUGGACUACGACUCUGAUGUUUCCGACAGUAUCAUUGAUGUGAAACCUGGGAAAAGUAAUGACAGCAAGGGAAUGUUCGUGCAAAAUGAGAGCAUCUGUCACAUCUCUCCAUUAAUCCACAACCUCAAGAAACCAUCUUUUAAUUUCUCUGAGAAAACAAGCUCAGACCUGGAUGGUUCAGAUCUCUUCUUCUCACCCAAGAAGCCACUGCCAGAGACUGCCACUUGGAGCAAAUUAAGUACCCCAGCAACCAUAACAGCGGAAGAAGACAUGGAAGCGGAUGACUUUUAUGAUGACAACUUCGACAUAGAUGACUUUAAUGACUCGGAUAUUCCUGAAUAUUUUGAUGAACCCCAAACGUCAUCAAUGACAGGAAGAAACUCCAGCACAGGGACCACAACUGUGAAAGAGGGAGGGCCGAGUAAGUCGUCGUGGGAAAGGAGACCAACAACACCUGUCUCUGCACCCAAGCCUUCAAAGAUCUGCUCUCCAGAGCCAACCUUCAGAAACCCAGCCCAUGAUCGCUUCAGAGGUUUCAACUUCCCAUACUCACAAGAAAUGAUGAAGAUUUUUCAUAAGCGGUUUGGACUACAUCAGUUCAGGUUCAAUCAACUGGAAGCCAUAAAUGCAUCCCUCCAGGGUGAAGACACAUUUGUUUUGAUGCCCACAGGUGGUGGUAAGAGUCUGUGCUACCAGCUGCCUGCCUGCGUGUCACCAGGAGUCACUGUGGUCAUCUCCCCACUCAAAUCACUCAUUGUAGACCAGGUCCAGAAACUCACCACACUGGAUAUUCCAGCAAUUAGUUUGUCUGGUGCCAAAAGUGACAGUGAAGCAAGCAGGAUCUACAUGCAGCUCUCACGGAAGGACCCCAUCAUUAAGCUGCUCUACGUCACUCCUGAAAAAGUGAGUGCAAGUAACAGGCUGAUCUCCGCCCUGCAGAACCUUUUCGAGCGAGGCCUCCUCUCCCGGAUUGUCAUAGAUGAGGCCCAUUGUGUCAGUCAGUGGGGUCACGAUUUCCGCCCCGACUAUAAGAGGCUGCACGAACUACGUCAGAAGUUCCCCAGCGUCCUGAUGAUGGCUCUGACAGCCACCGCCACCCCUCGCGUUCAGAAAGACAUCCUCAACCAGCUGAACAUGACUCGACCACAGGUGUUUACCAUGAGUUUCAACAGAACAAACCUGAAGUAUUCCGUGCUGCCCAAGAAACCCAAAAAGGUGGACGAGGACUGUAUCAGCUGGAUUAAGAAGCACUACCCACGGGACUCUGGUAUCGUGUACUGCCUGUCCCGUAAUGACUGCGAUGCUAUGGCUGAGAGUCUGUAUAGAGCAGGCAUAUUAGCUCUGGCGUACCACGCAGGCCUGAGUGACGGGGACAGAGAGUGCGUGCAAAACAAGUGGAUCAAUCAGGAUGGCUGCCAAGUCAUCUGUGCUACCAUCGCCUUUGGCAUGGGUAUUGAUAAGCCUGAUGUGCGCUAUGUGAUCCAUGCCAGUCUGCCUAAGUCAGUGGAGGGUUACUAUCAGGAGUCUGGCAGAGCAGGCAGAGAUGGAGAGAUCUCUCACUGUAUUCUCUUCUACUCAUACUCGGAUGUACAACGCAUCAAAAGGAUUAUCAGCAUGGACAGAGAGGGUGACAAACAUGCCAAAUCGACCCAUUUCAACAACCUGCACAGCAUGGUGCACUUCUGUGAGAACUUGAUGGAGUGCAGAAGAAUUCAGCUGCUUGCAUAUUUCGGGGAGCUGAAAUUCAACAAAAGCUUCUGUAAGGAACACUCGGAUGUUGCGUGCGACAACUGCUCCAAACCCACGCAAUACAAGGCGAGGAAUGUUACUGAGGAUGUGAAGAGGAUUGUGAGGUUCGCUCAGGAGAACUGUGAGAAAGUUGGAGCGAGGUAUGGAAGGACCGCACAGCAGAACCGACUGACCCUGAACAUGCUGGUGGAUAUCUUCAUCGGAUCUAAAUCUGCAAAGGUACAGACUGGAAUGUUUGGGAUGGGAGGAGCGUACUCCAGGCACAACGCUGACCGUCUCUUCAAAAAACUGGUCCUGGACAAGAUUCUGGAGGAGGAUCUCUACAUCACCAACAAUGGCCAAGCUGUGUCUUAUAUUUCUGCUGGACCGAAAGCCAUGAAUGUUGUGUCAGGAAACAUGCAGGUGGAGUUCUAUGAGACAGAGAGUGCAUCCAGCAUCAGGAAACACAAAGCCUCUGCUGCCAAGAACAUCUCGCAGAGAGAUGAGAAGGUUCAGGAGUGUCUGAAGGAGCUGACGGAUCUGUGCAAGCAGCUGGGAAAAGCUUUUGGCAUUCACUAUUACAACAUUUUCUCCACUGCUGCCCUGAAAAAGAUCGCUGAGAAACUUUCCCCUGAUCCUGAAGUCCUCCUAACAAUUGAUGGUGUGACAGAAGACAAACUAGAGAAGUAUGGAGCUGAAGUCAUUCAGGUGCUUGAGAAAUAUUCAGAAUGGCAGCUGCCUGAGGAGCAGGCUGACAAUGGUGGAGAUGGAUGGAUAGACACGACACGAGGCCGUACAGCUGAAGAUUAUGAAGAUGGGGAAGAGGAGUCCUCUUCGUACUUCGUUAGUCAGGGCAAACAGGGACAGAAGAGAAAGAAAGCUCCGUUCUUCAAGUAUUCCAAAAAGAGAAAAUCGUACAGCAACACAAGUACAAACUCUAAAGGUCGUGGCAACAGCAGCAAUAAAUCUUGGUCAUCAUCGAGCUCCAGAGGCGGAUCAAAAGCAGCUGGCCGGGGGUCCAGGAGCUCUGGAGGAGACACAUCGACUGGUAGGAGACCGGGCUUCUUGUCUGUCCCCACCCCUCAGACUAAUCAGAGACCCUUCUUAAAGCCAACCUACUCAAACUUUGGUUAGACGACCCCUAGGUAUGUCGUCCCAAGGAAAGAAACUACGUUUUCACUACCUUUCUAAACUAGUUAGUUGUAAUUUUGUACCUUCCAAGUCCCAGGUGUAAAUUGGUACUACUUAAAUUGUAUAUUUAUGUUUUGUACAGUUGAUGUUGAUGUGUGGUGUCUGUCAAGAUUUUAUUAUAAGUGACUGUGGACUGCUUUAAAAUUAUUUUUUUACUGUCAAAUUUGAAUGUGCACUUAAUUCUUUAUAUAUUAAAGACAACUGAUAACUAUAA